AUGGAUACAUUAGACGAAUUAAUUGAUCAAGCACGACAAACAGUCGAUUUUGCUAUCGGUACCGAACACGAUAUAAAAACACAGCAACCAGCAUUGAUCCAAAUCGAAUUUGGCCAUGUCAAUCGUCCAUUCAUUGUCAUCAUUAUUGAAGUGCAGCAUCUAUCGCCACAAGCAUCGCCAAGAUUCAUUAAAAUUAAACAACUGUGUUCAAUCAUAUAUGCAUCAACUACCCCCAAACCUAUCCUCGAAUUAUGCCUGUUUGCAGAGCGCGUUGAGUACUAUGUAUCUUCAAGAAAUUUCGGCGGUCCUGUGAAUAUUGGUGAAGUUAUGAAUUUUUUAACGUUGGACUUUGCUCAAAAUUUUCGCUCUAGCGGCUGA